AUGAGCAGAAACAACGACACUAGUAGCGAAGAAGAAGAGGAGGAGGAUGACCUAGGAGACUUUGGAUUGACAAUGAUAUCCAUUGCUGGCCCUAGCGAACAUGAUUGUGGCUACUGCAAAGGAAAAGACACCUCAAUAUCUUUUGGUAUAUGGGCCCAUUCCAUGACUUGUUCAGACUACCAAGACCUAAUAGACCGAGGCUGGAGAAGAUCUGGCAAAUAUCUGUACAAGCCAGACCUGGAAAAGAGCUGCUGUCCUCAAUACACAAUUAGACUAGAUACCAAUCGGUUCAAUACAACCAAGAGCCAAAAGAAGGUCAUCCAUAAAUUCAAUCGAUACAUCAAAGGAACUUGGGACCCUGAUCCAAAAGUCAAACCCACCAUCCCCACUACCAACAGUGAUAAGCCUGUUAACAAACCGUCCAACUACGUACAAGUGAAAUCAUUGAGAGACCUCAUACAUGAACCAGAGGACACCAACCAAGAGAGCAAGUACAAACUGGAGAUCAAACUCGAGCCUGCCUCAUUCACAAAGGAAAAGUUUGCCCUGUAUGCAAAAUAUCAAGCGAGUGUUCAUCAUGAUAAAGAGGAGGAUAUAUCUGAAGGUGGAUUCAAGAGGUUUUUGAUCGAUUCACCUAUGAAACUGGAAAAGCAUGGCAGCAGCGAUGUUCAAUUCGGUUCAUUUCAUCAAAAAUACCUUGUAAAUGGUGAGCUCAUCGCAUUAGCGGUUAUCGAUAUACUCCCCAAGUGCGUAUCCUCGGUUUACUUUCUGUAUGAUCCGGAGUAUUCGUUUUUAGGCUUGGGAAAGUACAGUGUUUUCAGAGAAAUCAGUCUAGUGCAAGAGUUUUCCGACAAGGUGGACACGCUGCAGCAUUAUUAUAUGGGAUACUACAUUGAUUCAUGUCCCAAAAUGAACUACAAAGGGCAAUAUCAACCAUCUGAUCUGCUAGAUCCUAUUGACUAUACAUGGCACCCCAUUCAAGAUUUCAAAGCCAAGUUUGAUCAAGGAGAGUCGUUUGUUACAUUCACGGAUCCUGCACCAUCAAGGAACUAUCCGCCAGGGUGGGUAGAGCCCGCAUCGAUUACUGAGGAUGAUUUGAAAAAGGUGUUUGUGAUGGUUGGACAGGGAAGGGUUGCUCCUGUAACAUGUAUCGUCAAAUUUGAGUCUUCUGCCAAGUUUAAAAAGACGAUUGUGGAUUAUGUAUGCUCUGUUGGUUUAGAACUAGCGCACAAGAUUAUUAUCUGUUAA